CCUCCAUCAAUUGCAGCAUGUUCUAAGUAAAAGUGCUACAAAACUUACCCGGCAACACAGUGACCCAAAUAAAGAAGCAAAAUAAAAUCGGGAUUUCCAUCUGUUUCAUGUUAAAACCAAUUCCACGUCCACCAAAACAACACAACAUUGGAAAAAAAUACAACUGAAAAAAACAAAACAAAAAGCAGAGCGCAGCAGCGGCGGUGCGUUUGUGUCCGUACCGGGGGAGCCCGGAGAAAGGCGGGGCUGCGCGGCAUCAACAACGUCACUAUGACGUCACCACCCCAAUCCAUUCUUUGCUUCAGCACCACGGAUAGCACCCACGCCUCCCCAAAUCUAAAUCGGCACUUUAUUGCCCCCGUGAUUACUAUAGGAUAGGUCUUCUAAAACAUCAUCAUGUACCACGUGAUCUGAGGGCGUCCUCCUCCACGCUGCUGAAGUGCUGAAGGAUUCCACUGAGCGCCUCUUCCACUGGAAUCUCGGGAGCCUCAGCUAAAGCACAUCAAGAUGAUUCCAGGCUCCUACGGUCACGAGAGGCCGCUGAUCAUCAGGAUCUCCUUCACCACCUGUGUCCUGGGUACCGUGUGCCUACCACUGCUGGGCCUUAUCACCUGUGUCCUUAUAUCCUCGGUGUUUCACUUUGACGACUCCACCGGCACACACUGCCAUGUUCCUAACUACCUGCCGUCCAUCAGCGCCUCCAUCAACCUGAGUCCCGAGUGCCACAUAUGGCGCUUCUGCAUCGGCCUGCACUCGGCGCCGAGGUUCCUGGUGGCGUUCACCUACUUCAAGUACUACAAGACACGCUUCGCCUCGAGGUUCCCCGAGAGCCUGCUUGCCUACUUGAGUCUGGCCUUCUCCAUUUUGGAAAACCUCGGCCUGCUGCUCCUCUCCUACGUGUCAUCCAGUGAGACGUACAUUGUCCACAAGGAAGGCUUCGUCCUCUUCAUUUUGAGCUCGCUGAUCUACAUGCUGAUAACUUGCCGCCUAUGGAAAGCCAUUAAAAAGUAUUCUUUAAACCCAGAGGAUAUCAAAUCUCAUCACUGGAAAGUACGUUUCUUACUGCUCAACGUUUGCUUCUGCGCUUUUGCCGGGUUCUUUUACGCCAAACACAACUUGUACUGCGAGUCGGGGAGCUACACGUUCUUCGCCCUGUUUGAGUAUCUCAUUGUCUUCUCCAACAUGGCCUUCCACCUCACGGCGUUUUGGGACUUUAGGAGUCGCGAGGUGAUGGUCAUUUCGUCGUCGGAAGACAAGGAGUUCUGACUAGAGACCGGCAUGAGGCCACCAUUUGGAGGAAGGCCUUUUUUCCACGUAUUUCCACAAUGACAUGUGCCGAUCCGAGGAUGGAUGUGAGAUGAGUGCGGAGCAGCAGAAGAUGAUAAGGUUUCAUGCCCCGCUUAAUUAAGUGCACUAAGUGGCUUGUAAGUUUACAUGUGGACCAACCUUACAGUGUUUCAACAUGAAAGGUCAACUUUUGUACAUUGUCUCACAGUGAGUUCUUUUAUCACGCUUGGCAUUAUCAGAGAGAAAAUCACAUAAAAAAAUACAUAUUUAUUGCAGACUGAAGAGUUUUGUAAUCUUUUGCAGACUUGUUUAAAUGGAUAAACAAUGGUCACAAGACGGCUGUGCAAUGUAAUGUGACCGUAUUUGUAUUUUUAAAUUGUUUUAUUGAGACUAACUGAUCAAAAAAGUGGAAUCUUUACUACAGUUUUAAUUUUACAUUUUCUUUACCAAAACCAUUUUAAUAUCUAAAAACACGGAAUCAAGGACAUUUAUUUUAUAUAAUCUCAGUUGUAAUAUCAUAUUCACAACACAGCUUUGCACACAAACACAUUAAUAUGCACAAAAUAAAAAUACAUACUAAUAAACUUAAUUUAAACUACUUAAUUAGGAAAGGUAU